AAUAAAGCAUUAUCAUGGUGCACCACAAUUUUGAUGUCAUUUGGCGCAGUAUCGUAGCUCCAGUAGAAAGUUCCUAGCAUGGCACGAACAAGUGUUUGGGUUAUUAUUAUAUCAUAUAUGCUAGGAACAUAUGCUUCGUCUUUGCAACAUGAUCUGACGCACAGUUUAAACCCUUUUCCUGGACAUGGUGAACUAUCCACCUUUUCUGUAUGAAUUAUUCCUGAAGGCUCCGGUGGAUUCAGGAAAUAGUUCAGCUCAAAUAGGAGAUGGACGAGUGACUUUUAGGCUUGAAAAGAAAGAGUAUGCAAUAUGGGGAGAACUGUCAGAUCCAGAGGCAGCAAAGGAAGAAUUUAGACAGCAGCAAAGAAAUGCAGCUUUAGAAGAAAAUCAACAACAAACAGAAGAAGUUGCCAAACAAAAGUGUGUUGAGAAAAGAAAGAGAGAGAAGUUUUCUUUGCAACAGGAAAUGAUGUUAGAUGAACUGGAGAGGAAACGUAUAGAAGAGCUUAAAGAAAAUGAACGUCUUCAGGUAACAAAGACUGUCGAGUUAAUGGAGAGUGAGGUACAAAAUUCUUCUUCCUCAUCUGUGAUUCAGAAAUCCAACAAAAGUAAAAGCAAAAACCAAAAUAAGCCCACAAGUUCAGAACUUCCUCCUCCUCGUAAUGCUGGCCACAUUAAGGUGACGUUUACACAACGAGAAUUUCCAUCUGCAGCUCGAGAGUCUAAGCAUGCUGAAGAACAAGAAUGGUUACAGAAACAGGCUACAGCUCGUCAAUCAAUAGAGAUUGAAUGUGCAGACUUGUCACCUGAGGAAAGAAAUCCACAAUGGCUUAAGGAGAAAGGAGACACCUUUUAUUCCAAUGGUGAUUUCCAUGGGGCAAUUAAUGCUUAUACCUUAGCUGUAAAGAUGUGUCCAAACUUACCAAGCUUGUACUCAAAUCGUGCAGCAUGUCAUCUUCAGCUAAGAAAUCUCCAUAAAGCUAUAGAAGACAGUUCAAAGGCUUUAGAUUUGUUGACCCCUCCUGUAGAAGAUAAUGCAUUAGCUCGUCUCCAUUGCCACGUUCGACGGGGAACUGCCUUCUGUAACUUGGAAUUAUACAUUGAAGCACUUCAAGAUUAUGAGGCAGCUCAAAGGAUUUCUCCCACUAACGAAGAACUUCGUUUAGACACAGAAAAAAUUAGACACCUAGUGCAGGGUUUGAUUUGAUGAUAAAGAUAUAUGUUUUACUGGUGUGCGAGAUAAAAGUAAAGGUCUGCCAUGAAUUGGUAUUAUUUAAGGAACAGAUAAAAGAUACUAGUUGUAAAACUUCUCGUGACAAGCUCCAUUUUUAAUAGUAAAGAUAUAUAAGAACUUAAUUUCAAGUUUGACAUAUUUUAAAAUACAGACACUUCAAUAAUAUAGUUAUGUACUCGGGAAGUAAUAUUUUGGGAAUUUAUGAGAAUUAAAUUAACAUAUUAUGUAAUUUAAAUGAUCAUAUUUCAUCCAUUAAUUUCUUAAAUAUUUUAAGUGCCAAUUUCAGGAGAACUUAAUUUAGUGGUCAUUUUUUUUUUCGUGGUUUUUUUGGAAGGUAAUUAUAAAUACUCCAUUAUUAUGAAAUGUUUAUCUAAAUAUAUAUUUUAAAUUAUAAUCAAUCUUAACUUACAUUAAUUGUAAAAAACAGUAUUUAGAACUACAAAAAAAUUGUUUCAUUUAUGUUGAUUUCAUUGCUUAUAGUAAUUAAAAGAUGCUACUUUGUUUUUAUUUGCAGUUCAGUGUCUGUAAAUUUUCAUGGAUUAAUACACAAAAACACUAAUUUAAGGGAAGUUUUGAAUGUAACAGAAGAAUGCACUAACCUACCUGAUUUUUGCAAAAUAAUAAAAAUUAUUAAAAGUAUUUAGUUUCAGAAUGUAAAAUCAACUUCUAAGUUUAUUCAUUUAUGUUUAGCAAAUUCAUAAUUAUCUUCAAAAUUUGUUAAGAUAGCAU